GCCGACCCCCAUCACAUACAAUGCGCGUGAAAUUUUUUGUUUCAGCCGGCAUCUCUGCGAUUGCCCUCUUGGCACACCCGACCUCUGCUGAGUGUGGGGUGAUUCAAAGCAACACUGAUUUCAAAGGCAACGACUUGGCGACGGCACUAGCAAACUCCGCUGAAGCGUGUUGUCCCAUUUGCGACGCCAAUCCCAGUUGCACUGGGUUUGCAUUUGCUGGCGGGGUGUGCUACCUCAAGUAUGGCCCGUUGGUUCGCAUUCCCAAAGGCGGCAUCAGUGCUGGCGUCGUCCAGCCGUCGCAAUGUGCCCCCGCUGAGCAAAACGUCGACUACGACGGCAACGAUUUGGAAUGCAUCCGCACGAUCUUCACCCCCGACGAGUGUUGUGCCAAGUGCGCGUCCAACAGCCAAUGCCAGCUGUACGUCGUGUCCCAAUUUGGCUGCUGCAUCAAAUCCAAGCCCGGUCCCCGCUUCGACAACCUCGAUCCGGCCUGGAACGCCUUUGCCGCGUUUCGAAAUCAACCUGCGUCGAGCAGCAACAACGGGGCAUGGACGACAGUGGCCGUCGUCGUCGAUGCUUCCACGUCCCCCGACAGCCGUGUGACCCCGAUUUCCUACUCGUACGUGGCGGGGGCCCAGUGGUUCCCCACAACACCCCUUGCCAUGACAUCCUUUUUGGCGACUCUGAAUGCAACCAUCGCUCGCCACGAGCACGGCGCAAUGCCCGAGCGAGUGACGCUCACUAUGCAAGACGGCUUCAACAACGUCAUGCCGUUCACGUCUGUGACGUCGUUGGGGGAAUGUGUGGCCUUGGUGGGGUCCCACGGCGAGGCAUUCUUCACGUACAUGUCGGAUUCGGGCAUUUGUUUGGGGCACCAGUUUCCCGGCACGACAAAGACGCUGCUGCGUCGAGGCGCAGCGCUGGCGAGUACGGCGGCAGUCGUUUCGGUAGCGAAAACCAUCCCCGUCGACUUUGUCUUGUCGCCUUCCGUUUCGGGAAGCGACGACAGAGCGUGCGUGGCGGCCUGCCAAGCCUCCUUGACCCCCCUCGUCUGCGCCGCGGCGACUCGAUCCUCCUCCACCACGUGCAUGUUGUUUGGUCCGCUCGUGGCGCGCACACCGAGUACCAUCGCCGGAUGGCUCACGAGUGCGUUUGUGGCCACGGUGAAGCCAAACUUGCCGGUGUUUUCAAGUCCGACCAAAGUGCACAUUUACACAACGGCCCACCAGGACGACCAUGAACUGUUCAUGUCCAACGCGUACCACUACAGCAUUGCCGACGCCGCGACCAAAGUCGUGUUUGUGUACACGACGGCGGGGGAUGACAAGGACGCGCUCAACACGUGGCGGAUUGCGAGGGAGCGGGGGACGCUGGCGGCGUCUACGGCGUGGGUGGACAACCUCGGCAAGUUCAAUUCCAACCCCAAGACAGAAACCGUGACCAUUCUCAAUCGAAAGCUCGCCAAGGUCACAGUGGGCAACGUCGUGCACUACUUUUUGCGCAUCCCAGAACUGGGGCCGGAUGGACAGUCGGGGUUCAUGGCGCUAGUCAACAACCAGCGCCCCAUUGCACCCAUGGACGAUCCGUGGAAACCCUACGCCAACCGAGAUGCGUUCAAAGACGUGCUGGCAGCUAUUUUUACUGCCGAAGCCAGUGGGAUCAAGACAGUGACAUUUAACGCCCAAGACCCCCAAAGCGAGCAGCCGGACCAUGUCAUGCACUGGGCAUCGGGCCAAUUGGUGUGGGACAUUGUGAACGCCGACCCCAAGUGGAAAACGUGUGCCCCUCAAAACUACUACUUCGACUACCAGCACUGGUUUGACACCGUCAACGUGGACAAGCCAGUGGUGUUAAACCUGCAACGGUAUGCAUGGCUACGAAUGAGCCAGGCUAUUUACAACACCAAUUCGUCCGUUCUGUUUUGGUCCAUGCACUCUGUCAAUCUCGGCCGCACGUACAUUCGACGCACCAUCAACACCAACGCAGGCAGGCCCAUGUUGAUACUACGACAAUGUGCUAACUAUACUGUUUCCCCAAUACAUGUAUAA